CAUCAUUACCUUAUAAUGAAACGCAUGUAUAAGCUAUAAAGUCAAAUUUUCUCCAUUUUGUAAAUCUCUCGAAUGGAGAAUUCACCUUCUUGCAAGAAUUGUGACAAGACGACAAUAGUUCCAGAUGAUGUAACAGGUAAUUUAGUCUGUACAUCAUGUGGGGUUAUUCAAGAUUUUGUUAAUUUUGAUCCUCAAAUUGGUGGUAUUAGUGGCAUAGCUGGAACAUACGUUAAAACUGGCACAUCAGGUACUGGAACUCUCUAUAAUUACAAACAAACAAAAAUUUACCUAGCCCAGAAAAUAAUUGAAGAUUUAAUGUAUCAAUUAGGAUUUUCUUCCUCAAAAUCUAGUGAAGUUAAACUUAUGGUAGAGAAAAUUACUGAUAGUGAAUAUGGACAGGGUAGAUGGUUUUCAGUACUUGUUGGUGCAUGUGCUUAUGUUGUAAUGAGGCAAGAUGUAAAGCCAUUGGCUAUUGUUCAAGUAGCAAAUUUGGUGGGGUGUGAUAUUUAUGAAUUGGGUAGAAUGGUUUAUAGGGUUGUUGAUUUUCUUGAUUUGAAGUUGCCUGGAUUCGAUAUUGUGGAUUCGUUCGAGCAUUAUAUUAGGAAUUCCCCGAGUUUUAGUGAGGUUUCUGAGGAUUUGAUUGGGAGGAUGUUGAAGCAGGGUGUGUUUUUGGUGCAGUGUUUGGUGAAGUGGUAUGUUACGACGGGAAGGAGACCGUUGCCUGUGGUGGUGGCAGUGUUGGUGUUUGUUGCACAGUUGAAUCAAAUCGAUGAUGUGACGAUUGAGGAUAUUGCGAACGAGUUACAAGUGGCAGCUGUUACUUGUAAGUUGAGAUAUAAGGAGCUUUUGGAGAGGCUCGUGAAGGUUGCUCGAGCUUUGCCUUGGGGUGAGGAUGUUACUGUCAAGAACAUUAUGAAGCACGCGUCGUUUGUUAUUCAAUACAUGGAGUUGAAGUCAAUGUCAAAGAAUAGUAAUGAUAAAAGGAAGAGUUUUGAGGAUGGUGGAUUUGAUCUGGAUUAUUUGAUUGAUGAUUGUUUGAGCAGCGGAAAUGAUUAUGGUUUAGAUGUUAAUGACACCGAAAAUAACUCACAGUACUUUCAGAUGGAUCAUGCAUCAAGUUUGAGUAUUGAAAGUCCAAAUAGAUUCCAGAUAUCGCCGGAGUGUUUGGCAAUGAUUUAUUCAAAGAUUAAGAAUGAUAUGUAUGUGGUGGAGUCUACAGAUAGCAGAGAUAAUAACAUUAGGAAAAGGAAGAAAAGUUAUGACAUAUUUUCAUACACAGAUUGGUGGAAGGGCGAAUCAGAAAUGAGCAAAAAGCUUUUAGUGAAGCAAAUAGUGGAGAAAGAUGUGGGAUUGCGUGCUAUGCCUCCUUCUUAUGAUAGUGGUUGUUUGGCAUAUGAAAGGAGAAAAGAGAAGAUAAAGGCAGCAAAGUUUCGAAUCCAUAAGACAAUGUAUCCUUCAGAUGCUGGUUCAAUUGAUAAGAUUGAAUUAGGCUCCCUUGAACAUGUAAAUACUGGAAAGAAAAGGAGAAGGAAAACGAAAGUUAAUGUUGAUUGGGAGGAUUUCGUUAUUGAAACCCUUCUCCUUCAUCAGGUGAAAGAAGAGGAGAUAGAGAAGGGCUAUUAUAAAACCCUGUUGGACUUGCAUGUUUUCAACUAUUGAAGAUCUAAGUUGUCAAUAUAUGUAAAGCAAUUCUUGCAGAAAAAAAUUCUUUAGUUUCUCUGACUGAUUCUGGAGAGUAUAGGAGCACUCAAAAUAACCAUCAAGAAUGAAGGAGGGUCCCAAAAGAGCGUACGUGAAGUUGAAGUAGAGCUUCCAACAGUAGUGAUGGUCGUAGCUGCUAAUCGAUCUGCUAAUUUGUUUUGUUCUCCGUAGACGUGACGUACCGUAGGAUCACCCAGCUUCCAGAGGAGGGACCUGCAAUCAUCCAAAAAUGAUGAGUUUUGCUUAUUAAGAGAACAUAGUGGUUUAGCUACUUGUUUAGCGUCAACAUUAAUCUCCAGUGGGCGUAAAUUAUAUUGAAAUGCUAAUGUGAGACCUGUUAGAAGAGCAUGCAGUUCACAUGUCAAAAGCA